GGCCUUCCUUUAGUUUUGGGUGGCAGAUCCCAUACCCAUACAAGUGAUUGCAAACAAACAGGUGUUCAUUUUUGACUAAUUUUCUUUCUAUUUCAGGGCAAAAUAGUUCAGCUUAAGGCUACAUAAACAUAAAAUACAAUAAAUUAAUUAAUUUAAAUUCUAAACUACAUAAUACAUUAAAAAUAAAAAGCUGUUUGUGAAAUCCCAGUGCACAAGUUAGGCUUUGGCAAUUAAUUGAAACGUAGGUAUAUGGAGCCUAACUGAAUAUACGAUAUGUUUGUUUACCUUUGUUUGUGAAAAGUAAAUAUGAGCACUGCUAUAGGAAAAUAAAUUUGUUACAGGGAGGAGAUUAACAUGCCCAACUUUGAACCUAUGGAGUUAAACUUAUAUUUUCUUAAAGAUAAUAGUAAUGGUUUUCUUAUUUCUUAGGUCAUCCAGUGAAGACAUGGAGAAUGAGGAAUGCCAGAUUGUUGUAUGGGCUGGGCAAGAAGAAAAAAUAGUUUUGGGACUGACUAAGCACACAACCUGUGCUGAUGUGGUAAAAGCUCUUCUUGAGGACCAUGAUACGAAAGCUGGAGGCAACACGUUUCUUUUGAGUCAGCCCAGUAAAUACUUCAUUGUGGAAAAAUGGAGAGGUUUUGAACGUGUUUUGCCUCCUCCAACAAAAAUCUUAAAAUUGUGGAAAGCAUGGGGGAAGGAACAGAGCAACUUAAACUUCGUUCUUGUAAAAGCUGAUGCCUUUCUUCCUAUCCCAAUGUGGAAGAGUGCUGAAGCUAAAAUUACCCAUAGCGUAGAUAGGAAGCAUCACCCGUGUAGUUCAGCGUACCACAUCAAAGCUUUACCACUAGAAAAACGUAAGAGAAUUAUAAGAAAAGCAUUUCGAAAAUUGGCCACCCUUAAAAAAGACAUCGAUUUUCAAGACAGAGACAAUUUAGAGACACUUAUUCAUGUAAUAAUGUCUCAAGAGCAUACCAUCAAACAGCAAAUCCAAAGAAUAGAGGAACUGAAUGAAGAGAUUGAGUCAAAGGAAGCCAAUUUACAUUUGGCGAGAGUAGAGGACAUUGGGAAAGAUUAUGUCCAAAACCUGUAUUUGAAACCAGUCAGUGAAAGUACAGAAACCUCUAAAAAACACCCAAAAAAGUAUUUUGUUGAGGAGAAAUGGAUGCAAGAAGAAUUGUUGAAUUUAGAAGGAAAGCUAAGUCAUCUGAAAAACCUUAUUAGCAGUCUCUCCACUGAAAUUGAGGAAGAGAUAUCUUCUAUAUAUAUGACUCAAAAUGAAGACCAGGAAUCCUUCUAUAACAACGAAGAGAAAUUCAAAGAAUAUGACUUAACUAAUGUCAAAAAAGAACUUGAUGACAGCUUCCAGCAAGGGUUACAGUUGCAUGAUCGUUUUGAAUGUAUUCAGGAGCAGAUCAGAUGUAAAGAUUCUAUACUGCUAAAGCAAGAGCGAGAAUAUAAAAGACUGGAAGAAGAACUUCAAUCAUUAUGCAUUACUAAUACAAAUAAUCCAUUGAACUGUCAAACUCUGUUUCCAGCAAAUAACUACAUAGUUAAUAAAACUGAUGCAACAUGUGAUUUUACCACGACGUUGUGUAACAUGGAUAUUCAUGAGACGGACUCAGACACAGGAAUAAGCUCUGGUAUUAGCCAAGAUUCCGAGCCUGCUUUAUGAAAUAUGAUGCUGAUUUCCAGAAAGGAUUUUUACGCGCAUAAUGGAAUGAAUGCAUAGCAUUUUCCCUAAAGGAGAAAAUACAAUAAGUAUUAUAUGCUUUGCAUAUCCUCACUGUAACAUUAGAACAAGCCUUUUAACAUAUUGGUACAUUGUAUUAAAAGGUGUGUUUUAGCACCCAAAACUUUAUUAGUAUGUAGACCUUUCCUUCUAUAAAAAUACCAAAACAUAAAAUGACAAUUUAUGUGAAGAAAAACAUCUCAAUGGGGGACUAUAGCAAAAAUGAAAAUGUAAUAUACACUUUUUUUCCCCUUUAACAGCAACCAGCCUCCUAGUCAAAAGAAACCAAAGCAUUGUUACCAUUGGCUGUAUUCUUAGUUUUUUCAGUGACAACACUGAAUGCUUGAUGGGUCAUUUACCCAGUGGAAGGCAGGGAGCAAAGUGCAAUAAUUGGGGCAAUCCACCUUUUCUGCACUUUCUGCAUCCACAAAUGGCAGGCAAGUGGUGGACACAGGGCUCACCUGCAUCUUCCCACAUUGUGCUCUGCACCUCCUACCAGAGUUUUUAUUCAGCAUAAGUAGCAGAUCACAAUAAAACCCCAGAAAGAGGUGCUCUCAAAAUGGGUACUAAGGGUGUGCUCUUGUUCCAGUUGCCUAAUAUAGUAGGUGAAGUAGAGAACUUUGACAAAGCAUGUUUUUGCUGUACACCAAUAAAUGGUUUAGGGUUAAUUUUGUUCAAUUUUAAAACGCAUAUUUGUUUACAUUUUUGUACCUAUAACAAAACUUGAAUGUCUACAUCUCCUGUGCCUCCAGGUUUUUGAAGGUAUGAAUAUCAUGUCAUACGAUAGGAGAGGUCAAUCUUUUCUACAAAAAAUGAUAUCCUUUUGUGACAAGAAAUAUAUAUGAAACAUACAGUAAAAGCUAUUUCCUGCAGAACUGUGUUCAUUCUUGUAGAUCUCUGGGGAAAGUAAUUAUAUCAUUUUAGGAUGCGUCGUUUUCCAAUCCAUAAACAGUAUCUAAAGGGUUUUGUUGAACAAAACAGAAAAUUAUGAUAUUUGUAGGACUGUUGUGAAGACAUGAUUACAGUACCACAAACAUAUCAAUAAAUAAAAUUUGCAUUAGAAGUACAUUGAGUUAUAAACAUUAUCCCAUUAUUCAAGCUGACUUGUGAUCAUUAGCAUGUGAUCAUUGGGCAAAACCUUAGAGGAACCCUAGAAAAAUAUGGCACAAUGGAUUACUUGAAUCCAUGGUAAAAAUACAUAUUUGGGGGAAUACAAUUUUUUUAUAAUUUAUUGUCAAUGAAACAGAAAAAUCUUAAAUAUCAUACACAUAUACAACAUAUUCAGCUUCUGAAACACUCUAGAAACUGUUAGAAAAACAGUUAGAUCACGUGUAUGGGGUUUUUUAGCUGAAAAUAUAACAAGAGAGACUAUUUUAUCAAGGUCUCUUGCAAAUGACUAUAGUUCAUUGCGUUAAUUAGUAACUCUUAUGUAAUUCUGUGUUUUUAGUUGUUAUAGAAGAAAAAUGGCAUUAAAUCUAUAGCAAUUAUAACAAGUAGCUGCCCCUAUUACCAUCAGCUUGUUAUUUUGUGGGCAUAUAUGCAAUUCUUGCGUUUGUUUUUAUAUAUUCAUUGCUUGUAAAUGUUAAUGGUAUUACAUUUUUUUUUUUAUUAAUAAACAGUUAUUGAAGUACA